GCAAAUCGUUCAAUGCAUCAUUAAAAAAAGUUAUAAAGCUGCUAUCCUUUUCUAACAUAUGCAAGCAUCAAUUUGCGCUUCAUUAACUCACUGUGGUUGCUACAAACAACAAUAACGCGCUCAUAAAUACAAACACAAGCGCACACACGCACACAGUCAAGCGACAGGCGGCUGCCUGUGCAUAGCGUACCGUUUUUAUUUCAUAUGGAAGCAAACGGCCGCAGCAACGGGCAGCAGUAACAACAACAGCAGCAACGAACAUACGGCAAACACCUGAAACCGAAAAACAGUGCACAAGUGUUACUCAGCGGCCAAGCACGCGUGUUAAAAUGUCGCCCCGGCAGUAGCAGCAGCAGCAGCAACAACAACAAGAGCAGCCGUAGAAGCGGCACACAAUAAACAAAGCAGAGAAAAGUUUAAAAAAAAAAAAACAAACAUUAAAAGGAGUCGCACUAAGAAGAGCACACAAAACGUGCACGUGAAGAGAGCGCCAACACACGCUCUCUCUGAGAAAAAACAAAAACAAGCGCGCAAUUGACUUUUUAGCAGCUUGAGCUUUCAUUUUGAGGACGCUGCGCAGCUGUGGUUACCGAAGAGCGGACAAAGAGGAAACGCAAAAUAUAACAACUGCAUAUGGCGAGCAGUUCAGCAGCCAUGGACACAGCCACGGCAACAGCUACAACAAAAAGAGGCAACAACAAGAACAAAGGGGGCAAGGAAAAAUCGCGUCGCAAUGAGCGCAACAUUUUGACUUUCUAUGAGAAAAUUGCGGUUAUACGUUAUUACGAUGAGACGAACAUUUCGCGCAACAGCCUGGCCAAGAUGUUCCAUUGCUGUGCAACCCAAAUACGUCGCAUUCUGGAGAAGAAACGUGAGCUGCUGCAGCAGCUGGCGACACUCAGUGAGGCGGAUGCCUCCAUCAUUAUUGAGGAGAUGACGCGCAAGCGCCGCAAGUUCGAGAUGAGCGCCAUCAGCUUUCUGCUGCACGAGUGGGUGGAGCGCUGUCGCCAGCUGCGUCUCGGCGUCAGCAUAACGAACCAUACGCUGAAGGAGACGGCGCUCAAGAUGGCAGCAGUGCUUAAAUUGCCGGCCUUUCGACCAUCCUAUCGCUGGCUAAACCGCUUUCGCAGCAAGUACAAGUACGAGGAGGAUGAACUGGGCUACACGGGCCCUUGCCCGGUGGCGAGUGUGCUGCCCCUGGAGCAGAUUAUAGUGGAGUUCAAGCAAGCGCUGCCCAAUUUCAUGCAAAAGGAGCUCGCCGACAUCGACUUGGAUGGCAAGAUGGGUGUAAUAACUCCUGAAUUGGUCAACUUGUCGAGCGAUAACAGCGAAAUCUCCGAUGUGGAGGAUUUAGACGAUGAUGGUAUCGAAAUGGUCACCUGUGAACCCAGUGUGCUGCCCUCGCCGGCCAGCACAUCGGAUGGAGAGGACGAGCCGCCACAACUGCCACAACUGUCGCAACAGCUGGACGGAGAUGCCCCAAUUAGUCUGGGAGCCUGCACGCUGCUGGGCAGCGUCUUUCCCCACUUGGCCGUCAUACACCAAUUCGCACUGAUGAACUCCGAUGUGCAGGCAUUGGAGCUGAUCUCACAGCUGGGCGUGCACAUGCAGCAGCAAGCAACAACUGGCGCCUAUCACGUCCUAUCGCUGCCCACAAAUGGCGAAGCGCCGGCUUUGCCAGCCCCGGAGCUGCCGCCGGGCAGCAUUUAUGCGGACAUUGAUGAUAUCGAGUUGAUUGAAUAGAAUUUACCUUAACUAAUGCUUAGCCGUAGCUCGUAAAAUA